AGGGGUCACUAAUUGCUAUAAAUCUGGCAAUCUUGCUCUAUUGAAAAGAAAAAGAAGAACACACUCGGCGAUCUUUGCUUGUUCAAGGGGUCACUCUUUUACAGAAAAGCGCAAACCUCAGCCUCUCUCUCCAUUUUGCUCCGUGUUUCUGUCUAAUUAAUCUGCAAUGGGGGACAGUCAAUACUCAUUUUCUCUCACCACUUUCAGUCCUUCGGGUAAACUGGUGCAGAUCGAGCACGCUUUAACUGCUGUUGGUUCUGGCCAGACUUCACUCGGCAUCAAAGCUGCUAAUGGUGUUGUUAUCGCUACUGAGAAGAAACUUCCUUCAAUCCUUGUUGAUGAAGCAUCUGUUCAAAAGAUUCAACUUUUGACGCCUAAUAUUGGAGUUGUCUACAGUGGUAUGGGUCCCGAUUCUCGUGUUUUGGUCCGUAAAAGCAGGAAGCAGGCAGAACAGUAUUAUAAAUUAUACAAGGAACCAAUCCCUGUUACACAACUUGUCCGGGAAACUGCUGCAGUUAUGCAAGAAUUUACUCAAUCAGGAGGUGUGAGACCUUUUGGAGUAUCUCUUCUGAUUGCUGGAUUUGACGAGAAUGGUCCACAAUUGUAUCAGGUGGAUCCCUCUGGUUCAUAUUUCUCUUGGAAGGCAUCAGCAAUGGGAAAAAAUGUUUCCAAUGCAAAAACUUUUCUUGAAAAGAGGUAUACUGAUGAUAUGGAACUCGAUGACGCAGUCCAUACAGCAAUAUUGACACUGAAGGAAGGUUUCGAAGGCCAAAUAUCUGGGAAGAACAUUGAGAUUGGGAUUAUUGGCACUGACAGAAAGUUCAGAGUGCUAACUCCUGCUGAAAUUGAUGACUACCUGGCUGAAGUUGAAUAAACAUCAUUUUCAAGUAGAUAGGGUGAUUUAGGUCUGGAAGUGAUUCAGCAUUAUGCUCUCUGAGUUCCUUGGGUUUCACACCUAACUGUUUGAUAUGUAUUGCUGCUGUUUUGUUGGUCAUAUGUAGCUGUGAUUGUGAACUUUGAGGACUUGAGAAGUGAUCUAUACAGCACGGCAAACCAGCAUGUGCGACUUUAUGUGUAGUUUUUCUUGAUGAUAUUGUAAUGUCAUAAGAACCUUGUUUCCUAUUUGAUAGUAGUAUUACUUGUGCGGCUGCUUCCUAAGAUUAAAUUUGCAGUGCCUGAGUUUUCUUUCU